AGGCAGGGCGCGGGCAGCCCGGCGCGGGGUCCUGGAACGGGCGCGGCGCAGGGUGCGGGCUCCUAGGCGGCUGCGGCCCGGGGUGCGGCGAUGCUGUGGCCGCGGCUGGCGGCGGCCGAGUGGGCGGCGCUGGCCUGGGAGCUGCUAGGCGCCUCGGUGCUGCUGAUCGCUGUGCGGUGGCUGGUGCGGCGGCUGGGCCCGCGGCCUGGGGGUCUGGGCCGCAGUGGGACCCCAGUCCCUCCGCCGCCCGCGGCCGCCGCCCCCGCCCCAGGUGAAAUGACAAUGGAUGCUGUGUUGGCUCGAUUGAAACUUCUGAAUCCAGAUGACCUUAGAGAAGAAAUCGUUAAAGCUGGAUUGAAAUGUGGACCCAUUACGUCAACUACAAGGUUCAUUUUUGAGAAAAAAUUGGCUCAGGCUUUACUGGAGCAAGGAGGAAGGCUGCUUUCUUUCGACCACCAUGAGGCAGGUGCCACAGCUCUCAGCCAAGACACACAAAGGAUUUUGAAGUCAGCUGAAGGGAACCCAACUGGUCAGGCUGGUUUUUCUGAAGACAGAGAUUUUGGUUACAGUGUGGGCCUGAAUCCUCCCGAAGAGGAAGCUGUGACAUCUGAGACCCGCUCGGUGCCCCCCAGUGCCGUCGACACCUACGGAACUGCAGUGACAGCGUCUAAGGAACCGCCCUUGUACUAUGGGGUGUGUCCAGUAUAUGAGGACGUCCCAGCGAGAAAUGAAAGGAUCCAUGUUUAUGAAAAUAAAAAAGAAGCAUUGCAAGCUGUCAAGAUGAUCAAAGGGUCCCGAUUUAAAGCUUUUUCUACCAGAGAAGACGCUGAGAAAUUUGCUAGAGGAAUUUGUGAUUAUUUCCCUUCUCCAAGCAGAACGUCGUUACCACUUUCUCCUGUGAAAACAGCGCCGCUCUUUAGCAAUGACGGGUUGAAAGAUGGUUUGUGCUUGUCUGAAUCAGAAACAGUCAACAAAGAGCGAGCGAACAGCUAUAAAAAUCCCCGCACGCAGGACCUCACCGCCAAGCUUCGGAAAGCUGUGGAGAAGGGAGAGGAAGACACCUUUUCUGACCUCAUCUGGAGCAACCCCCGGUAUCUGAUUGGCUCAGGGGACAACCCAACUAUCGUGCAGGAAGGGUGCAGGUACAACGUGAUGCAUGUUGCUGCCAAAGAGAACCAGGCUUCCAUCUGCCAGCUGACUCUGGACGUGCUGGAGAACCCCGACUUCAUGAGGCUGAUGUACCCCGAUGACGACGAGGCCAUGCUGCAGAAGCGCAUCCGCUACGUGGUUGACCUGUAUCUGAACACCCCCGACAAGAUGGGCUAUGACACACCGUUGCAUUUUGCUUGUAAGUUUGGAAGUGCAGAUGUAGUCAACGUGCUUUCGUCACACCAUUUGAUUGUAAAAAACCCAAGGAAUAAAUAUGAUAAAACACCUGAAGAUGUAAGUACUUAUUGUCACUACUACGUGCCUCUCCUGAGAGCAGAAGACACUUCUUCUCCAGUCAUUGGGGAGCUGUGGUCCCCAGACCAGACGGCCGAGGCCUCUCACGUCAGCCGCCAUGGAGGCAGCCCCAGAGACCCAGUGCUGACCCUGAGAGCCUUCGCGGGGCCCCUGAGUCCGGCCAAGGCAGAAGAUUUUCGCAAACUCUGGAAAACUCCCCCUCGAGAGAAAGCAGGCUUCCUUCACCACGUCAAGAAAUCAGACCCAGAAAGAGGCUUUGAGAGAGUGGGAAGAGAGCUAGCUCAUGAGCUGGGGUAUCCCUGGGUUGAAUACUGGGAAUUUCUGGGCUGUUUUGUUGAUCUGUCUUCCCAGGAAGGCCUGCAAAGACUAGAAGAAUAUCUCACACAGCAGGAAAUAGGCAAAAAGGCUCAACAAGAAACAGGAGAAAGGGAAGCCUCCUGCGGAGAUAAAGCCACCAUGUCUGGCAGCAACUCCAUUUCUGUGAGGGCGUUUCUAGAUGAAGAUGACAUGAGCUUGGAAGAAAUAAAAAAUCGGCAAAAUGCAGCUCGAAAUAACAGCCCGCCCACAGUUGGUGCUUUCGGAUAUGCGAGGUGCAGCAUCUUCCCCUUGGAGCAGGAGGCAGACCUCAUAGAAGCCGCCGAGCCAGGCGGUCCACACAGCAGCAGAAAUGGGCUCUGCCAUCCUCUGAGUCACAGCAGGACCCUGGUGGGCAAGAGACCAAAGGCGCCCCGUGGGGAGGAAGCCCAUCUGCCACCUGUCUCCGAUUUGACUGUUGAGUUUGAUAAACUGAAUUUGCAAAAUGUAGGAAGUAGCGUUUCUAAGACACCAGAUGAAAAUACGAAAACUAAAGAUAAGAUCCUGACUUCAAGAAUCGAUGCAGUAGAAAGAGACUUGUUAGAGCCUCCUUCUCCCGCAGACCAACUCGGGACUGGCCGCAGGAGGACAGAAAGUGAAGUGUCAGCCAGGAUCGCUAAAAUGUCCUUGAGUCCCAGCAGCCCCGGGCACGAGGGUCAGCUGGAGGACACGAGGGAAUCGGCCAGACGGCUUUUCCUUUUUGGAGAGGAGCCGUCAAAACUCGAUCAGGAUGUUUUGGCUGCUCUUCAGUGUGCAGAUGUCGACCCCCAUCAGUUCCCAGCCGUGCACAGAUGGAAGACUGCUGUCCUGUGCUACUCACCCUCGGACAGACAGAGUUGGCCCAGUCCCGCGGUGAAAGGAAAGUUCAAGUCUCGGCUGCCAGAUCUCAGUGGCCCUCACAGCUACAGUCCGGGGAGAAACAGUGCAGCUGGGAGCAACCCCGGAAAGCCGGGCCCGGGCAGUCCUGGGCGCUACAGCCCCGCGCACGGGAACCAGCUCCGCAGGAUGGCGCGCCUGGCUGAGCUUGCCGCCCUGUAGGCUUAGCGCUGGGCUCUCGGUUGGUUCUUCAGUUUUAAAGAAGGAAGGGUCAUAUGUUUGUUGCUAAACUGUCACAAAGGAAUAUAUUCUGAUUAAAUUAUUAUUAAUCCUCACUUUGAGGGUGUGAGAAUUUUAGAAGAUUUAAAUGUUUUAUAUAAAACUUAGAUUUCUGAUAUUUUGGAAGUUAGAAGUUAAUGAAAGCAAACUCAGAUACCAAUUUUCUGGAAAAUGUCCAUGUGGUAGUGGUGGACUUUUUAGGUGGCAAUUUCUAGGUCUGAAAUGUAGCAGAGGAAAGGGUGCUGAGGCAGUUGCAGGCAGGCAGCCCAGGUACUCACCACAGCAUCCAACAAACGCUGUGGACAAGGAGGGACUUGGCGGAGGCGUGAGCACUGAUGUCCCCGCGCUGCCUGCGCUCACCAAGAUGAACUGUUUGCCGCCUUGUCUUUUCCUGGGCUGGGGCAGGGGGUGGCAUGAUGCUGGCAGAGUCCCUGUUAGUUCGCCUGUGGGUCUCAUGGUUCAGACAGAGUGAGGUGGACGGCUGGGAUCAGGGAGCCCGGAGUGCGCCUCAGACUCGCAGCAACUGUUAUAAUUUGGGUUGUUCGGACUAUUUAAAUCACUGAUCGGAAGAUAAAAGUAGCUUUUCUCUGUGGGAAGUCUUGCAGCCCAUAGGAGCGGUGCCAGGAGCCACGCAGAGCUCAGCAGCAGUGGAGCCAAGGUGUUCCCUGUUUCCUCAGCACGCGAGCCUUCACUGCCUACUUCGUUCAGGUGCCAGUGUAGCAGUAAUACAAUCUGUAAAUUGUUCUGUUUUGAAGUUUAUUCUGAGGCUUUUUUGAGCGUAAAUGAUUAUACGAUAAAGUUAUCCUUUAUUUUGGCUCAUUUCAGUGGGGAUCUCCUUUAUAAAGAGUGUUGCGUUCAGAGGUUUAAGUCCCAUUUGGGUUCCUUGCCGUGUUGAUUGUAGCCUUCACCUUGGCUUGAAUGAAGGUCUGUGGUCAGAAUGUGUGAGGAGCUGCCUAGGUGCUCAGGAGGUACUAACUGGAGGUCGGUUUCUUCCUGGGUGUUACGGGCACCUGCUCACACAGUUGUUACUCUGUGAACAUUUCCUGUGUUUCAUCCAAAAUGAAAACCCACCAAUGCUUUUGCUAAUUUCAGUGCCUUUUAUAAAAAUCAUUUUUAAAUUUCCUGAACUUGCUUUUUGAGAAUAUAGUGAUAGUAAGUAGAUACAAGAUUGUUUUUGUUUGUAAAAAUUCUGAAUUGAAACUUUGUUUAAAAAAAAAAGGCUUAUUUCUUUCAUAUGACGACAUAGGUGAGGAAUAUUGGAAUCAAGAUUUAAAUGUUAAAAUCUGAUUUUGUUACACAGGGUGUCUUCGUUUGUUUUGUAGCAGACAAGACCUAGACACCAGACAGACAACACAUGCUCUUCUAAGCAGCAGCAUUUUAAAAGGCAUCUUGGUUCUCAAAAGAAAUCAGAAUAUGGAUAUUCAUAGUGAUGAUCUGUUUUCUCUAAAAUCUUACCAUAUUGUCUGUAUAUAGUUGUAAAUUCAAAUAGAAAGUAAAAGGUUUUGGCCCUGA